ACGGGUGAGGAGAACCCCUGGGGAGGUGGUGUGGCCAUCCCAAAGCCUCCAUCACCUGCCCACUCACGCCAGCUCAUUUUAUUGACCUUAGUCUUCCAAGAGACCAUGGAAGUAUAAAUAAUAAAGCAAGAAAGGCAGAUGCAUUUGGCUGGCUCAGUGGACUUCUGAAUGUACUGUCUACUACUCAACAAGAUAGUCUUCAAGGAAAAUGAACCCCACGCUGGGCCUGGCUAUUUUUCUGGCUGUUCUCCUCACUGUGAAAGGUCUUCUGAAGCCGAGCUUCUCACCAAGGAAUUAUAAAGCUUUGAGCCAGGCCCAAGGGUGGAAGGAAAGGAAGGCAGCCAAGGAGCUUACAAGGCAGAACAUGGAUUUUGGCUUUAAGCUUCUCAAGAAGCUGGCCUCCAACAACCCUGGCAGGAAUAUCAUGCUAUCCCCCUUGAGUAUCUCUACAGCUUUCUCCUUGCUGUGCCUGGGUGCCCAGGACAGCACCCUGGAUGAGAUCAAGCAGGGGUUCAACUUCAGAAAGAUCCCAGAAAAAGAUCUUCAUGAGGGCUUCCAUUACAUCAUCCACGAGCUGAACCAGAAGACCCAGGACCUCAAAGUGAGCAUCGGGAACACGCUGUUCAUUGACCGGGGGCUGCAGCCCCAGCGUAAGUUUUUGGAAGAUGCCGAGAACUUUUACGGUGCAGAAACCAUCCUUACCAACUUUCAGAAUUUGAAAAUUACUCAGAAGCAGAUCAAUGACUUUAUCAGUAAUAAAACCUAUGGGAAAAUUAACAACCUGAUAGAGAAUAUAGACCCUGGCACUGUGAUGCUUCUUACAAAUUAUAUUUUCUUCCGAGCCAGGUGGCAACAUGAGUUUGAUCCAAAUGUAACUAAAGAGGAAGAUUUCUUUCUGGAGAAAAACAGUUCAGUCAAGGUGCCCAUGAUGUUCCAUAGUGGCAUGUACCAAGUUGGCUAUGAUGAUAAGCUCUCUUGCACCAUCCUGGAAAUACCCUACCAUAAAAGUAUCACAGCCAUCUUCCUCCUUCCUGAUGAGGGCAAGCUGAAGCACUUGGAGAAAGGCUUGCAGGUGGACACUUUCUCCAGAUGGAAAACGUUACUGUCACGCAGGGUCGUAGAUGUGUCUGUGCCCAGACUCCACAUGACGGGCACCUUCGACCUGAAGAAGACUCUCUCCUACAUGGGUAUCUCCAAAAUCUUUGAGGAGCAUGGUGAUCUCACCAAGAUCGCCCCUUGUCGCAACCUGAAAGUCAGCGAGGCUGUGCACAAGGCUGAGCUGAAGAUGGAUGAGAGGGGUACGGAGGGGGCCGCUGGCACCGGAGCACAGACUCUGCCCAUGGAGACACCACUCGUCGUCAAGAUAGACAGACCCUAUCUGCUGCUGAUUUACAGCCAGAAAAUACCUUCCGUGCUCUUCCUGGGAAAGAUUGUUAACCCUAUUGGAAAAUAAAGGAGAAUUCCUGCUUGCCGCAGACCCCGAACAUGGCUUGGGGUUGAAUGUGUUCCGUCUUCCUGAGAUGGAAGUGACAGGCACGGUUCAGCUUAGCCCCUCCCCGUCACCAUCUCCCUAGACUGCCCGAAAGAGCAAAAUUGCAAGUUCUAGGAAGUCCUCUGCCCCGUUCCCUCCCUGCCCAUUCAAAUGCUGGGAUUCGAUGCCCCACCCACUCGGUGGCAUUCUCCUCUCCCCUCCAGCAGGCAGAGGGACUCUGUGAUUUAAUAAACAAAUGUUUCUCCCCACA